UUCCCGUAUCUGUAAGAAGAGGUAGUUCCUCUAUGUAAGAGGUGUGUUGCCUGAGGCCGAACGACUGCUCAGUGCUUUGAGUGUUUUUAACGCUUUGUUUGUUCCUUGUCAUUUCUUAAUACCUUCUUUUAUUUCCUUCCAGGAUAAUUUCUAGCGUUCGGUGGAGUUCCUACUUUGCGUUACAUUUUUACGGUCGUAUUUUGUAGUUGUGACGGAGAGUGACAGCCAGCGAGUUAGUCAGUCAGUCAGUCAGUCAGUGAGACAUUCAGUUCCUCAAGUGUCGCGGCAGCAGCUGAGGCAGCUGAGCGGAGAGUGCGCGCGUCAAACGGGACAUUCCACUGGCUCAGAGCGCCGUGUUUCACCUCCUCCGAGGGGCAGGAGUACUGCGCACACGGUGCAGAGAGAGAGAAACGGGGUCGGCCAUGGAGCGCUGAGGUCCCGGAGCACUGACUGAUGCCUGCGCAAGAGGAGAGGAGGAGGAGAACGGGAGAGUGGAGCCUCACGAUGAAUCGCAAAGAGACUAAAAGGAAGUCACGGCAUGACAGCCCGGGCGGCGGGCGCUGUCGCAGGCCGGUCCAGCGCCGUAUGACCUGCCCCAGCCCCCAGGAGAUCAGCCAGGCCCUGCUGGCCCCCGCGCCCAACGGCCUGGUCCGUGCGGCCAGCCUGGACGACCUCAUCCAGCGAUGCUUGCACAGCUUCGACUCGGAGGGGAAGUUAAGCCGAGGCACGCAGCUGGUACACAUGACCCUGAUGAUGCACAGCUGGGUGGUGCCUUCUCACGCCUUCGCACAGAAGCUGCUGUCUCUCUAUAAAGACUGCCCUGUGGACAGGAGGGGGCAACAGCGAGCGCAGAUCUGCCACCUCAUCAGGCACUGGGUGAACCAGUUCCCUGGCCUGUUUGAGAAGGACCCUCUACUGGAGCGUGUGAUGGGGGACCUGUGGGCUUUGGUCAAAACAGAGGGGGGGGAGACGCAGUGCCAGAUGACUGACACCUCUGACCUGAACCUCCCAGUGAAUCCGUCCCAAGCCCCCUCUCCCUCUGUGAAAAAGAGGAAGGUGUCCCUGCUCUUCGACCACAUGGAGCCAGGCGAGAUGGCCCAACACCUGAGCUACCUGGAGUUCAAGAACUUCUGCAGUGUUUCGUACAUGGACUACCGCAGCUACGUGGAGCGGGGCACGGUGCGGGGCAACCCGGCCCUGGAGCGAUCGGUCAUGCUGUGCAACGGCAUCUCUCAGUGGGUCCAGCUCAUGAUCCUCAACAGACACACAGCCCAGCAGAGGGCCCAGGUCUUCACCAAGUUCAUCCACGUUGCACAGAAGCUGCAGGCCCUGCAGAACUUUAAUACCCUGAUGGCCGUGAUCGGUGGCCUCUGCCACAGCUCCAUCUCCCGACUCAAAGACACGGCCAGCUUCCUGCCUCCCGACGUCACCAAGACACUGAGUGAGAUGACGGAUCUGCUGUCGUCCAGCAGUAACUACGGAAAUUACCGGCGGGUGUACAGCGAGUGUGUGGGCUUCAAGGUGCCCAUCCUGGGCGUGCACCUGAAGGAUCUGAUCUCCCUGAACGAGGCCCUGCCAGCCUACAUCGAGGAUGACAAGAUCAACCUGAGCAAGCUGCAACACCUCUACAGCAACAUGUCAGACCUGCUGGCCAUCCACAGCUGCGACCCCCCUUUCCAGGCCAACAAGGACCUGUUGCACCUCCUCACGCUGUCUCUGGACCUGUGCUACACGGAGGAUGAGAUAUACGAGCUCUCGUAUGCCAAGGAACCCAAGAACCCCAAGAUACAGACCAUUACUCGGGUCAAGCCUCCGGUGGUGGCAGAGUGGGGGUCAGAAGUCACCCCCAGACUUGACCCCUCCACCAUCUCCAGACAUGUCAAACAGUUGGUGGAAUCCAUAAUGAAGAACUAUGACCUGAACUUUGACGGCUACAUCGCCCUGGAGGACUUUGAGAAUCUCGCUGCCAGUUUCCCUUUCUCCUUCUGCCCACACGAAAGUGACAGGGAAGGGGAGAUCAGCCAGGACGAAAUCACCUCGUACUUCAUGCGGGGCAUGUCGAUUUGCGCCAAGCUGGGUUUCAACUUCCUGCACAACUUCCACGAGACCACCUACAAGAAGCCCACCUUCUGCGACACCUGUGGUGGUUUGCUGUGGGGUGUCAUCAAGCGAGGAUAUCACUGUAAAGACUGUGGGGUGAACUGUCAUAAGCACUGUAAGAACCAGGUGGGGCCGGAGUGUAUUAAGAGGUUCAAAAUUCCUGGGAGUUCCUGUCCCUGCACUCCCACUCCUAGCAGGGGCAAAGGACACAGUUGGAGCUCUGAGGAGGACAGCUUUGUAUUCCCCCCUGGUGAGGACCCGUCAAGCGCAGGGGAGACAAACGGGGACAGUUCCGAGCUUUCGGACCAGUCCACUCAGACAGACCCAGGGGUUUGGACGCCGGGGUCCGAGGACAGGACAGCGAUCACCAGCUCACACACAGAGUCCUCCCUGGAAAAGAGCACAGAGGCCCCUUGCAGUGGUCCCCACACGCACAAACAGGGGCCCCAGCAGGAGUCCCCAGCACCACAGAGAACGCGGGGGACCUCCAUGCCCAUGCUCUACUUGGAGGAGACGAUGGAGAACAUGCACCUUCACAAGAGCAAGAGCCAAGAGGCAGACUGACCCACUUUCAUAUGUACACACACGCCCCUGGACGUAGGAACUGGCAUUACUUGGAGUUCCUGCAGGACCUGCACGGACAGACACCUGGCUCGUGUACCUGAUCAAAAGGGCCAAAGCCAAGCAUCACACUGCCAACCCCCAGCUGGUUUGCACAAAAGGACUUCUACUGUUAUCAUCCUGGUGGACUCCAGGAAUAGCAGCUACUGCCCUCACUGUAGCUAAUGGAGAUCAAAAUAAGCAUCAACAUCAGGACACCCUGGUGCUCUUUUAUAAGGGUUAUAGCUGCCUCAAAUGCACUGGAUUUCCGCCAACUGGAUCUGGAGAAACUCACCUGGAGGUUAUGGGGCGUAAUAUGUAGACUGCAAGACAUUUUCUAUCCUCUAAUCAAAGUGCCAAGUGCAAAAACUUUGUUGUUUGUUUUCCAUGUGGACGUAUGAGCAGGCUAGUGAGCAAAAACUGGCACACCUGCCCUAGCAGUUCUUCCUUUUCCACCUGUACCCUGGAUUUGCCCUGUCACUCUGAGCUCCAGUGGUGCGGAAUCUCUGAGCAAGGACAGCAUGAAGCCCGGGUUCAUAACCGUGGCAACCAACCAGUAUUGACCUUUGACCUCCUGUUCCUCUUCCGUGACUCUUCCAACCGCUGCCCUCACUUCCGGUGUGGAAGAAGGGUGAUCCUAUCACCAGGACGUCGGGGACAGGAAGUCAGAGCGAGUGGCAGCUGAAGUUUACACUCAGAUAGACCUUUAUAUCGAUCCCCAGGCCCUUUUUAUCACCGUUUACCCCCACCUUCAUGUUCUCAACCUAUUUUCAUAUUGACAUUAAAGUGCUUUUGUGGCACCUACCUAGCCCCUACCCAACUAAACCCGGGGAAGGCAAGUAGCUUGUAUUUAUUGUACAUGCAUUAAGUGACAGAACACCUUUUACUUUAUGAGAAUUUACUGCCACCCCAAGUGCAUUACGGGUGGAAUAUUUGUGUACGGUAAAAAAAGAAAAAAGAAGAAUACUGCUUUAUUAAAAAUGUGUUGUUCACGU